AAACAAAGUCCAAGUCUAGUGACUCCCCUGAGGGAAUGAAUACGCAUCUCACGUUGGACAUUGUUUCUUCAUAUCUUGAUACGCCCUAUUGAUUCAAUCACGCCUUAUCGAUUCAAUCACGCCCUAUCAGCCCGGUCUUUGGCAGGGGCUUUGACACCCUUGACAAGUUUCACUGCUCCCCCGGAUUUUGGCAGGGGGGGUUGUUGCUGCGACUGCCGUGCUGGAAUUGAGACUCGACAGGAUGGAUAACUCGGAUGCAGCUAAUACUUCUUCGACUGUGAACACAUUCGUGAACCUCGCCGAGAUCUCCCUGCCACCGGAGCCCAGGGCCAAUCUCGCCAUCGAAGACCUCGCCGUCGAUGAAGCUCUAUGUUUCACGCCUGUUGAACAAUUUAGCGGUGAAAGCUCCCCCUUCGUUUUCGACGGAGCCCUUGACUACAUCAGCGACAAUUUCGAAAGCGGAUGGGCGACGCCCUCGACGUCUUGUGCCAACUGCACCGCAUGGGGCUAUCAAUGCCAGCUCCCACAACAACCCCAACCUCAAGACCGCUGUAUAUCCUGCGUGUCUCUCGGAUGCAACUGUACUUUCUUAGAUACCACGCCGAACUUCACUGGAGAUGCUUUCAACAACCUCAUGGACGAUAACCGUAUAGUUUCAACCAAUGUCCAACAACUCCCGACUCCAGAGGCCUCGAAGAGGUCAAGCGGCUCGUUCGAGCCCCUCAACGUUUCCACUACAUCGACUCCUCCACCACCCAAGAUUGGCACGAGAUUCUCUCGUGACUCAACUCGAAUAUUGAGACAAUGGCUCUCUUCCCACGGCCACCAUCCGUAUCCAAACGACGAGGAGAAGAAGGUUCUGCAGCACCAAACAGGUCUCAGCAAGAUCCAAAUCACCAACUGGUUGAUCAACGCUCGUCGCCGCGGAAAAGUACAAGGCCGUCAUCGAUCUACGUCACCAUACUCGGGAAACUCUGGUACUGGGACGAGACCUAUCGACGUCCCCGCGAGACCAGGAACACCAGCUCCUAGAAGUAGUCCACACUAUCAGGGUCUGAAUCCCCUCGAGCGAUGGGUCGACUCUCCUCCAGAACACGAGCCUGCUACUGUUGGCGAUAUCGCACGUGCCGUGGCAUCUACCCACGCAGGAUCUUCGGACGAUAGCUUCAAUGCUAGCUUCACCGACGAGCCAGCACGAUCUCUGUAUCACACCUCGUCAGCCAGUAGCGCUGGAACCUCAAGCGGUGGCUCAUUUGCUUCUGCCUUCUCCCACGUUUCCAAAGACUCCGUUUCUGUUCCGCGCCCCGCUGUUCGCAGUCGAGCACGGCAACGUAGACGCCCGAAGCGAACUUCCCUCGCACAUCCUCGGAACCAGUACCAGUGCACAUUUUGUACGGAGACAUUCAGAACGAAACAUGACUGGCAGCGUCACGAAAAGUCUUUACAUAUGCCCCUCGAAAGAUGGGUUUGCUCACCUAAAGGACCCCGAGCCGUCAAUCCUGAUACAGGUCAAGCAUGUUGUGUUUUUUGUGGAGAAGCUGAGCCUACUCAAUCGCACAUUGAUAGUCACAACCCCUCGUCUUGCCAGGAACGAACGUUCAACAGGAAGGACCACCUCAAACAGCACUUACGUCUGGUACACAAUGCUGGGCUUCUUGACUGGUCCGCCAAGCUCUGGAAGAUUACCGUCCCGGAAAUCCAGUCUCGUUGCGGCUUCUGCGGCGCAUCCCUCGAUACUUGGGGUGUCAGGACUGACCAUCUCGCGGAUCACUUCAAGAUGGGGUCCGACAUGGCCAGUUGGAAAGGAGAUUGGGGUUUCAACGACGCAGUCCUAGAUAUGGUCGAAAACUCCGUUCCACCCUAUCUCAUCGAAUAUGAAAGAUUCUCUCCGUUCCCCUAUCAAGCAAGCGGCGUGCCUCCAGAAUCGCCUCGUAGCGCAUACGAGUUGCUCACGCUGGAGCUCAACCAUUUCCUACGACUGUUCUUCGACAGGACAGGGAACUUGCCCAACAACAGAGAAAUCCAGUUUGAGGCUUGCAGGAUCGUCUUUGCGUCGGAAGUCUCGUCACCGGAGGGUGACAAGGGUGCGAAACCCGAGUCGUGGCUGCGAGAUCUAAUCACCUCGUCAGAAGAUCUCACUCGCGAGGCUCGAUUUGGGCCGAUAAGAUCGCCAGCCGAAAGUAUGAUGUCUGUUCUUCAGAUCAAAGGCAAGCGCAGUCUCUUCGAUGAAUGUCCCUGUGAAUCGCAGCUUGACACCUUUGUUGAUAAACAUAGGCUCCUUGGACCCAAUGUUCUCAACAAUCAAGAGCUACAGAACGAAGCUUGUAAGAUAGUCACACGUCUGGGCAAGAGUUGGGGAAUGUCACCUGCCGACUUGGUUGUCAACUGGCUAGUCAACCUCAUCAGCUCAUCAACUGGCUGGCUUACCGCGUUUCGCUUGAGAACACGUCUUCUUCAACACGAAAGUUCAAAUACGUUAUCCCCCUUACGACUCACUGAGAAAGAUUCUCAACAUCUAGCUCUCGGAGACCUCAUGGAUGGAAGAGCUGCUACAGAUGAACCCUUCGAGCCCCCGAUUCCGUUUCAGUUCCAAGGUGUCCCUUUUGACAGGGGAUUGUGGCGGAAUCUAGCAAUGCCGAACCAACGCGCUUGGUUGCAGGAGGCAGGAAGUGACUCUCUCCCGCCAUUGGUUCAAGGGUCUGUCUCACAGGACGCUUCUCCAGAAAGUGAUGCCGCCCAGGCUUCCCCAAUAUCUCCUCUACUCUCGAAUAUUCCGGACUGGCAUAGGCCCGGAAGCACCGGACCAGAUGGCCGCAGCGCACACCCGCAAUUCUCAACAGUCAAACGGAACUAUGCGUUCUUCAAUGACUCCAAUUUCAACCGUUGGCUUGCUCUUGAGCUGCGACGCUGGAUUGCCGCAACCAUGUCUCCCAACAACCCGAAUAGUCACGUUCCGUCAGACCACGAAAUCCAGCAUCAAGCUCGAUUCAUUGUUUAUGAAGACGGCGACCCUUGGAACCAGACCUCAGCAGACAAUCUUGAGUGGCUGCAUCGUUUCAAGCGCACUAUCGGUAUGCCGUUAGAGGAACCCCAAGACAAUGUACAAGGGGGGUCAACGAGCGCCCUUCCACAAAUCUCCCCGUGAAAUCACAGUUUGUAUGAAGCCACGUGAAAAAGUACCGCCAGAAAGACAGUUGCUUUGAAUUAGUCAAGCUCGAUGCACUUUGAGGCCACC